AUGUCAGUAUCAACUAGUCAAAAUGAAGACUUUGUUGUCGAAGUUGUCGAGCCUGGAGACAAAGAAGAUAAAAAUAAAUCUGAAAGUGAAGAAAACAAACCUGAAAAAUAUUUUGCAAUUAGUCCAGAAGGCGACUUUCUAGUUGAACUUGUUGUAAAAAAUCUUGAUGAUUCAACAUUAGAGAGCAACUUGGAACAAAAGGGUGGCUUGAAACCAGAGAGUGAUCCAGAGUUAGAAGGCGACCAGGAAUUAUCGUACAAGAAACUUUCCAGCAUCGAUACUACAUUCAAAUUUACUGAUAGGCAACUCGAUUUGAUUAAGGAUGAAUAUGAAAACAUAUUUAGAUGGUCCGUCGCCGUGUCAGAUAAAUCAACUAGUUCAUCAGAAUUUAGAUUAUUAGCAAUAUCUUGUAUCAGUCUUAAGGACAUGAUAUAUUAUAAGGAAAAUUUAAAUAAAAUCCAUCUAACGGAAACUCCUAAUCAUGGAUUUACAUUCGUUUUCAUUAUCAAUAUUAAUAAUGAUAAUUAUUUAAUUAGUGCGAUUAAUGAUAAGGAAUUACCGAUUAAAUUUGGUGGAAUAGUCAAAUUGUUUUUUAAAAAAGACUGUUUAAAUAAUAAGGAGGUUGAAAAAGAUAAGCAAAGAACUAAUAAAAUCAGUCAAAACUCUGAUGGAUACACUCUUAUUCUAUUCACACUGACAGGGAUCUAUAAGUAUCAAAUAAAGAAUAAAAUUAUCAAAAACCUAGAAAAGUUAAGGUACCCGAGAAGAGUAUACAACGCUAUGAUUCAUAAUAUGGCUUUUUUUCUUGAUUUGCCUAUUAAUCCAGAGAAAUUUGCAUAUGAGAUGGUAUCCCUGUAUACUAUUAAGAAAUGCAUAAAUCAACAUUAUUUUUUGGUUGAUACUAUGAAUGAAGAUAUCAAAUAUAUAGAAGUAUACAAUUUAAAUACAAACCAGUUGGUAAAUACUUUUCAGAGACAGAAUUUACCCGGACCACUCAAUGUAGAUGCGUCUUCUUUAUAUGCAAUAUCUAACAAUGGCAAAUUAUUAGCAUACAUAUCUUUACUCAAUAAAGCAGUCAAAUUAUAUUCGAUAGAAUGUGGUCUUGAAAUAGCAGAGAUUAUAAUAGAUAUACCAGAUCCAGAAUUAGAAUAUAUCGAUUUUUUUCGCAAUGACGAAAUGCUUCUUGUACUUUCAAAAAGUAAAUGGUUUGUGUGGGAUAUUUUUGGCUCCUUACGAGAUUCUGUUAAAUUAGAGGAUUUAGGAUUUAUAAUAGAACUUCCAUUAGAAUUUGAUAAAAAAAUAGAACAAUCAAAUUCAUUCUUGGUCGUUGAUAAGGGUGACGAACUAGCUAUUUAUGAUAAUUUGAUCAUAGAUAAAUAUUUGAAAUAUUUGAAAAAUUUAAAGAAAGAUGACGAACAAAAUUGGAAAACAUUAUCAAGUGAUUAUUUUUCGAGGGAAGAAUUCGAUAAUAAUAAUAUCCUAGAUCUUCAGGAUAAAGAAUCAAAAUUAGAUGAAUAUCAUCAAAUACUUGAACCUUGGCUAAUAGACGAAGAUAGAAGAUAUUCACGAUAUUC